AUGGCUCCCCUUCUGCCUUCACGCACUGCUCUAGUCCUCUACGGAUCUGAGACGGGCAACGCUCAAGAUGUAGCAGAAGAAGUAGGCUGCAUGGCCGAAAGACUACGCUUCGAUACCACGGUACUCGAUCUGGACUCGGUGCAGCUGAAGGAUAUCACCAAGCCGACUGUUGUGAUCUUUGCACUCUCCACCACGGGACAAGGUGAGAUGCCGCAAAACGCACGUGCAUUCUGGCAGAAGCUGUUGAGUAGCGCUUUGACGCCUGGCAUCAUGCGUAAGGUGCACUUUACUUCAUUUGGUCUUGGAGACAGCUCUUACGCGCAGUACAAUGUGGCGCAUCGUAUGCUUCAUGGCCGUCUGGUGCAGCUCGGGGCCAAGCCUUUUUGCGAGCGUGGCGAAGGUAACGAGCAGCAUCCCGAAGGGCACAGUGCUGGCUUCAGGGAAUGGAUUGUGACACUACGGUCCACCGUAUUAGACUGUUUCCCUCUCCCGGAUGGGACCGAACCAGUACCUGAUGAUGUGUUCAUCGAGCCGAAGUGGAAGCUAGAUCUUGAGCUGGAGGCGAAUGGCAAUGGAACGGAGUCAGGCAGCGGUACCGGCGAUGACUCCAACGAACUACCGUCUACACAGCUCCUGCCUGUUCGUGACGCACAUACUACAAGUAUAGAGCGCAACGAACGCAUCACCGCGAAGGAUCACUUCCAGGACGUGAGGCUGCUAGAUCUGCGAGUACAAGAAGCGGUGUCCUAUGGCCCAGGUGCUGUAGCAGUGGUGUACCCAAAGAACUUCCCAUGCGAUGUCAACUCCUUCAUUGAUCUUAUGGGAUGGCAGAACGUCGCAGAUAAGCCACUGAGGCUAGUGACCAGCGACUCAAGAGCAGGCGAAGCGACAUCGACACCAUCGCCACUCCGAUAUCUAGACCUCUCCAGCAGUUCAUUGACCAUCAGAUGGCUUCUCGAGAAUGUACUCGACAUCAUGUCGAUACCUCGAAGAUCUUUUUUUGCUGGCUUGGCACAUCUCGUGGGCGAAGAUGACGAAGAUGAGGCUUAUCAACGAGAACGGCUCCUGGAGUUGGCCAAUCCUGAACUUAUCGAUGAGCUGUGGGACUACACCACUCGCCCAAAGCGCACAAUCCUCGAGGCAAUGACGGACUUUACGCUGGUCAAGAUUCCAUGGCAGUACGCAUUGUCAAUACUGCCGAUCAUGCGUGGACGACAGUUCAGCAUCGCCAGUGGUGGUGACCUUAUACGAGACGAUGAAGGCCGAACACGAAUCCAACUACUGAUAGCUAUCGUGGAUCCACCGAGUCCCAUCAUCAAGUAUCGAAGGCGAUAUGGCGUCUGCACAAGAUAUGUUACUGCACUCGAAGCCAAGCAACAGAUUAAGAUCGGAAUUCACUCGGGGUAUCUUGAUGUGCAGCCGAGUGAGCUUCAGUCACCUGUGGUGAUGGUGGGACCUGGUACCGGGCUUGCGCCAAUGCGGUCCAUGGCACAUCAACGGCUUGCAUGGGCGCGUGACGACAGCAAGCGAUCGGCUCAUUCCCUUGAUGGCGACAUGCUCUUCUUCGGUUGCAGGAGUGAGAACGCCGAUUACUUCUUCCGCGACGAAUGGGAUCGAUUUGCCACCAACGACGGCUUAGCAGUAUGUACUGCAUUCUCUCGAGACAAGGACAAGCCGAAGGAGUAUGUGCAAGAUCAGAUUCGAGUCAAUGGAAAGGCUGUUUGUGAUGCGCUUGUGCGGAAGAAUGGCAAGGUGUAUGUUUGUGGUUCUUCUGGGAAUAUGCCGAAGGGUGUGAGGCAAGCACUUUUGGAUGUCUUGGUUGAGCAUAAAGAUGGCAUGAGCAUGGAGGAGGCGGAAACGUAUCUGGACCUCAUGGAGAAGAAUGGGAGGUACAAGCAGGAGACUUGCGACGACCACUAUGGCUUGACUGUGCGCAUCAGCAUCGGCAAAGAUGUGAUCACGCUCCCGGAGGACGACCAGACGGCAUUCACCCUCUUCAGACGCUGGCUAUAUGCACCAGGACGUCGUAUGACUGCGCCAGCAGCGAUCCUGCGGCAUGAGUACAAGAACUUCGACUACGACACAUUAGCCAAAUUAUGGUGCUUCGCCGCACUGCGUAUCAUCCCAAUGCUUCAAAACCGAGCCAUCGACCUCAUCAUUGCAAAAAUGGCAGCGGGCGACAAGAUGUCGACCUCAACCCUUCGUCACGUCUCCACCGAAUCGAGUAACGACUCUCCAUUGCGGAAGCUUGUUGUCUUCUACAAUGCUCACCACCAAUGCUUCGAGAUGAGCGAUGACAUGAAGAAGGAUGAGCUCAGCAGUGACGGAUGGUUUGGCAAGUUCAGCACCGAGACCAUGCUUGAGCGUGCCACGGGCCUGCCAGUCGAUACUACCUCGUACCGCAACCAGGCCGCCACCUGGUUCAGGUGUACCUACCAUGUUCACGAGAGGGGUGCCAAGUGUGGCUCGAUGGGCUGGAACCAGUCUUGA